AUGAAGAUCGAAAUUAGGCCUCUGUUGAUGUGCUUUGCUCUGUGCGUGGUCUACGCCACCAGCAAACCCACAGAAAAGAAGGACCGUGUCCACCAUGAUGCACCACUGAGCAGCAAGGAGCAUGACGACGGCACUAACUUUGACUAUGACCACGAUGCCUUCCUAGGGGAGGACGAAGCUAAGACGUUUGACGACCUGACCCCAGAGGAAAGCAAGAAUAGGCUUGGUAAAAUUGUGGAUAAGAUCGAUGCAGACGAGGAUGGCUUUGUCACAGAGGCCGAGUUGAAAGCAUGGAUCAAAAAGGCUCAGAAGAAGUACAUCUAUGACAAUAUGGAAAGACAAUGGAAGGAUUUUGACAUGAAUAAUGAUGGCAUGAUCUCCUGGGACGAAUACAAGAAUGUCACAUAUGGAACCUACCUUGAUGAUCCUGAGUCGGAUGAUGGCUAUAACUACAAGCAGAUGAUGGCUAGAGAUGAACGGCGCUUCAAAAUGGCUGAUGGAAAUGGAGACCACAUCGCUGACAAAGAAGAGUUCACUGCUUUCCUUCAUCCUGAGGAGUAUGAACAUAUGAAAGAAAUUGUUGUGUUGGAAACUAUUGAGGAUAUUGAUAAGAACGGUGAUGGUUUUAUCGAGCUGGAGGAGUAUAUUGGCGACAUGUACAACCAUGAGGAUGAAAUGGACGAGCCAGAAUGGGUGGCGACGGAGCGAGAACAGUUUGCAGAGUUUAGGGACAAGAACAAGGAUGGGAAGAUGGACAAAGAGGAGACCAUGGACUGGAUCCUGCCAGCCGACUACGACCACGCAGAAGCCGAAGCCAAGCAUCUGGUGUACGAGUCUGACACGAACAAGGAUGGCAAACUCACCAAAGAGGAAAUACUCAACAAGUACGAUUUGUUUGUGGGAAGUCAAGCGACUGACUUUGGGGAGGCUUUAGUUCGACAUGAUGAGUUUUAAUUUGUUUUCCUAGUAUAAUAGAUCAUUACUUUUUAACUUGUUUUGGUAAAUGGAUAUAAUUUAUUUGAUAUUGCUUCACCAUAAAACAACAUUAAUUCCUCAGAUUUAGUUCACUUGAUAGAUUGUUUUCCCUUUUUGCACACGGAAAUGCAUUCAUGAUGACACUACUUAAAGGGAUAGUCAGCCAAAAAUGAAAAUUCUGUCAUUAAUUACUCUGCCUCAUGAUGUUCCAAACCCAUCUUGAGAGCACAAAUUAAGGUAUUUUUGAUUAAAUCCGAGAGCUCUCUGACCCUCCCAUAGACAGCAAGGGUCCUACCACAGUCAAGGUCCAGAAACAUAGCAAGUACAUCGAUAAAGUAAUCCAUAUGACAUCAGGGGUUCAACUGCAAUUUAACGAAGUAAUUUAAUGACAUUAUUCAAAUUUGCAUAUGCUGUUCUGUGUCAGCUGCGCCACACAUAUACUUAUUUUGCACAAAAAAAGUUGUCUCGUAACUUCAUAAAAUUACUGUUGAACCCCUCAUGUCACUUGCUUACAAUGGGAGGGUCAGAGAGCUUUCGGGAUGCUUCAAAAAUAUCUUAAUAUGUGUUCUGAAGAUGAUGAAGGUCUUACGGGUUUGGGACGACAUGAGUGAGAAAUUAAUGACAGAAUUUUCAUUUUUUGGUGAACUAACACUUCAAGGUUCUUUAUUUUAUUUUUUUAUCUGUCUUUGGAAUUGUGGUUCAUGUACAGCAUUAUUACCAUUUCAAUAACUGUUUAUAUUUGUUUUUUAAUGUGAAGCAGUUUAUUCAGGGCUAGAAUCAAGGCAGUUUUGCUGUGUUGCUUCUGAUCUAAGAUCAGCUUCCCCUGCUGUUCACAGUCCUUCUCAGUAGAAUACCAUUAGUACAGAAUCCUCUCAGAUUGACUUGAGUUUACACAAAUAAAAACAAAAAUAAAUGUAUAUAUUCACAAUGUAUAUGUGAAUAUGUAUAUACUUUUUAUACAUAGAAACUCAUAUUUCUCUCCUGUGUGUUAUUGUCUUGGCACAAACAUUGAUUUUAGAGCCAUAGGUCAAGAGGAUCAUGGCAAUAUUUGGUCUUCUUUCAAUAUUUAUUAGAAAAAACCUAAACCUUGGCGUAUUCAGUCACACAUUCAUCUAUUGAUAUUAAGAUGUUUGUUCGUUACCUGAUUUUGAUCUUUAAUAGACACACUCUCAUCGUGCCUUUCAUUGAAUUUUUAUGGCUUGAUUCAUUUUGGUUUGCAGGGUCCAAUGUAACAUGUUACUGAAUAGUCUGUUGCUUUCAGCUUCAUUAUUUGACAUGCACUAUCAAUUAAAUGAAGUUUGCAAUAUGUUUGCUAUGUCAUGAACAUAGCAAUGUGGACCAUUAGUUGUCUUUUUAAUGAAUUUUUUCAUAAAAAAUGUUUUAGCACCCAGUGGUUUCAGGUGAGUUCCUUCAAGUGGUGCUGUUUCAGCACCUACAGUCUGUAUCUUGGCAACAACAAACUGUCAAUAAAACAAAAUUAUGGCUGAAAUUGUAA